AUGGAGGAUGACUCUUCUGAUCUCUCGGAGCUGAGUUCCCCACCGGCUUCUCCUCAACCUCCUCCGAGCUUCAUUCCCUCGCCGCCUCCAUCCCAAGACGCGGACGAGUCUAGCGCCGCACGCGGCCAAGACGGUCUCCCCCCCACCAGGAAGAAGCGACGUGUAGCCGCCCCCAAGGAGCGCAGAACACAUCACCUCGAUCUGUCAGGAGAGAUCAGCUGUGGUGAACAGCAGUCACAGAUCGAUAUCCUGACUAAGACUCUGCGUCGUCACCGCAAAAUCGUUGUCAUCGCUGGUGCCGGUAUCUCCACGUCUGCAGGCAUUCCUGACUUUCGCUCGACUGAUGGUCUCUUCAAAAGCCUUCAGAAAAAACACAAUCUCAAAGCGUCGGGCAAGCUGCUGUUCGAUGCUGCUGUCUACCAGGAUGAGACCCUGACCGCCUCCUUCCAGGACAUGGUGCGGUCGCUGUCCGAGGAGGCGGCCAAGACCUCCCCGACCGCGUUCCACCACAUGCUGGCCCGUCUAGCCCGGGAGAACCGUCUCACUCGACUCUACACUCAGAACAUUGAUGGCAUCGAGACUUCAAUGCCUCCGCUGGCGACGCAGAUCCCCUUGAACAAUAAGGCUCCUUGGCCGCGCACGAUACAAUUGCACGGGAGCCUCGACAAGAUGGUCUGUCAGAAGUGCCGUCACCUCGGCGACUUUGAUCGCGAAAUGUUCAACCGACCAGAUGCUCCUGAAUGCCCCGAAUGCUCGAAAAACAACCAGUUUCGUAUGGAGACCGGCCAGCGCAGCCACGGAAUUGGAAAAAUGCGACCGCGGAUUGUCCUGUACAAUGAGCACAACCCGGACGAGGAAGCCAUCGCGUCGGUGAUGAAUGCGGAUGUCCGCUCCCGACCGGACGCAUUGGUCGUCGUUGGCACCAGCCUGAAGAUCCCUGGCGUGCGCCGCCUGGUGAAGAGCCUGUGUUCGGUGAUCCGAACUCGUCGCAACGGUGUCACUAUGUGGAUCAACAACGAGCCGCCUAGUGGCAAGGAAUUCGAAGAUUGCUGGGAUCUGAUGGUCAAGGGUGAUUGUGAAGAGGUCGCACGGCUUGCAGGGCUGAAACAGUGGGACGACGACUCGACCGAGGUCUUUGACGAGUGUAAUUCUUCCGAGGUCGAGCGGGUGAAGAAGGAACAAGGUGCCGUAUCCAUUGUCAUCCAGACGCCGAAGAAGAAGCAGAAGACGCAGACAGGAUUUCUUACGCCUUCCUCUAGCCACGACGAGGAUGCAACAGCACUGCGGCAUAAGCAACCGUCAAUCGGCGUCUGCCCCAACCCUGCCAGCCGAGGACGGUCCCUCAAAGACGUGCUCAUCACUGCCAAAACCGACCAACCAAAGAAGGUUGCUUCAAAGAAGAGCGCGUCCAAGAAGCGAGCCACCAAGAAAGCUGAGGCCGCGAGCAAUGCGAAAAUCACCACCUUUAGCCGAGUCACCAAGGGUACUCGAGCAGCCGGGAACGCGGGCAAGGCUGUCAAAAUGGAGAAGGAUGAUUCGAAACCGAUGCAUCCGCUUCCGCCUGGUGCGGCGCGCACUAACGGGCCUCUCUUCCCUCACCUGGUCGGUAAGGGGAACACUUCUCCGUGCGGUGAACUCUGGAGUAACCCUGACACGAUCUCUCCCAAAUCGGUUCCGAAGGGCAUGAAAGAUCUCUUGAAUCCCCCAAGCCCGUGA